AUGGAGCUCGGUCGAGACUCUGAUACAGGUGGACAGGUCAAAUAUGUGGUAGAGCUUUCUCGAGCUCUUGCAAGGAUGCCUGGGGUUUAUAGGGUAGAUCUCUUUACUCGCCAAGUGUCAUCUCCUGAGGUUGAUUGGAGUUAUGGUGAACCAGCAGAGAUGCUAACUGCAGGUCCUGAAGAUGGUGAUGGUGAUCUGGAAGAAAGCAGUGGAGCAUAUAUUAUUAGAAUCCCAUUUGGUCCACGUGAUCAAUACCUCAGCCAAGAAUUACUCUGGCCAUAUAUUCAAGAAUUUGUAGAUGGUGCUCUAGCUCACAUUCUUAUCAAUAUCCACAAGCAAAGACUCAUGGGAGGUCAUUUCUUGAUGAAGUGCCCAAACCGAUUGCAGCCAUGA